GUAGGUAAAAAAAGUUGAUUAUGGUAAGAAGAGGAUGAGAAAUACUGGUGUGCAAUGAAUGCAUGUAAUGUAACCACCGAAAGAGAAUCUCUGAAAUGGUCCAAAUGACGACACCCCUUCUCUAUUUCUCCGCCACCACUUGCACCGUCGCAUUGCAACAACACCUUCACCAUCACCAGCGCCAACUCUGAUUGGUUCCUUCCCUUUUCCCAACCUCAGAUGCAGACUCUCUCUUGCAUCAGAGGUUCCUUCUUCCGCUGCCCAUGGAUUUCCCUCCCGCACUCGAUUUUCUCACCCAAUUCGGAUGCAGCUUCGUCCUCCUCCGCUCCCUCUCGCGCCUCCUCAACCUCCUCGGCCUCCUCAUGAUGCUCACCUUCUGCAUCAAGGUUCUCUGCUUCAUCUCGCGUUUCAAGGGCGUCAUUCGCUUCCUCUGUGACGCCGGAGGCGUCCCCAGAAUCCGUUUCUGCCUCGACAAUGUCGUUCAGAGAGUCUCCGAGCCAAAGGCCAAGCCUUUGAAGAAAAUGCGCCGCCGCGGCUCCAAAUCCUCCUUCCGGAGCCGCCCCAAUGGCGCCGGGGAGAAACCCAACGCGGCUGCCGAAGAUGGGUCGGAGGGAAAGGGGGGGAACGAGAGAGAGGUUUGCAAUGAGGACGAGGUGCUCGACGUAACGACGCUGAGAAAAUUCGUGGAGAUUGAGCGGCAGAAGGCCAAUGCCGCGUGUCAGGACCUCGAGAAGGAGCGGACCGCCGCCGCCUCGUCGGCGGAGGAGGCCAUGGCGAUGAUCCUGCGGCUGCAGAACGAGAAGAGCGCGGCGGAGAUUCAGGCCACGCAGUUCCGGCGGAUGGCGGAGCAGAAGCUGGAUUAUGAUCAGGAGGUUAUUGAGUCGUUGCAGUGGUCCAUCACGCAGCACGAGACUCAGAAGUGCGAGUUGGAGGAUCAGUUGGGGAUUGUUAGGGAGGAACUAAGGCAAUUUAUGAGGGAUGAUGAAAUAGACCAAAUUGAAGUUGAAGUGAGUAGGGGUUUUAAUAUGUAUGAAGAUGAUGAUGAUCCUGAUGGGGAUCCUGAUUGGGAGCCUGAUGGUGAGCCUGAUGGUGACCCUAAUGGUGACCCUAAUGGUGACCCUAAUGGUGAUCCUGAUGCUAAUUUAGUAGUUAGCUCUCCUGAAACUGAAUCACAUACCUUGUAAGUUUUGAAGGUUGUUAUAUACAAAAUUGCCUUUAAGUCGACCUUUUUGGUUUCCAUCUGUAAAUUGUAUUUACCCAUAAUUUAAUUAUUAAUAAAUAUCCAAGGCUAUGUAAUUUUUAUGUUUUUUGCAUGAUGGAUUAGGCUCAACUUUCAGGUUUAGUAGUAUAAGUGUGGAUAAAUUCAACGAAGCAUUUAAUGUUGUUAGGAUCUGAUGCUUAUAGUGUGGGAGAGUUAUUUGCCAUGUGGGCAUGGAGGGGACAUAGUGGGUUAAUCUCUUAACUUUCAAGUUUGUUAUUGUAAAUUGUAAAUUUGUUGACAAUAAAAAGCGGGCAAGGAUAUGAUACUAA